AUGCCAGCUCAUCACGCCUCUCCCACUAGCGUGACUGCUUUGGUGUAUCGAGGCCUGCUGCAUACUCGUGCUGCUGCGGCUGCUGCUGCUGCGCGUCUCGGUCUUCGCGCUCGGCCUCGCCAUGCACCUCUCGCCGAGCGAUCCGAGCCGCCGCAACGGCACCUCGAUGGCCAGCCGUCGUCUUCCUUCCGAUUUUGCUCCCCCUCGCCUCUCGGACUCCGCAUGGGUGCCUUCCUGAUCCAGCUGCGCUCGACUGUCGGUCGAAUGGCGCCGUCGCAGCCUUUCUUUCGAGCCCGUCAAGGCUCGUCCCCGCAUCUCAACCCGAGAGUGAGGAGGCAAUUCACCUCCUCAAGCAAAGAAAGCCGCCGCCACCUCGGUGCCGACGUCCCAUCGGAUUCCUCGAUCCUCUCAAGCAACAAGCAUAUCUUCACCAUGGAGAAGAGCAAACGCGACGAUGUGGAUGCGCUCUCGUCGCCGAGCAAUCCGGCGCACUACUUUGCCUAUGCCGCCUCGGCGUUUCUGAUCACGCUGUCUUUGCCGCUCCUUCUGUUCCCUCGCAUGCUGCUGCUGCUCUCGACGCCGCGCGGGGCUGUGGGGCAGGCAGCUUCCGACGCCGACCGCAGUGCGGUGAGCGCGAUCGGUCCCGAGCUCACGCCGCUCGAGCGAUACGCAUCGCACACCAAUGCGCUCGGCAUGCUCGCCAUCGCCGCACUCAUCCUCGUACUCUCCGGCGCCAUCCCCGUCUCGACCUCGCCCGUACCCGACGCAUCUUCGUCGGGCAAAUCGCCUUUCCGAAUCCCCACCGUCGUCAUCAGCACCGUCUACUUUGGCCUCAACGCCUACUCGGCAUGGACCUUUUCCGGCCCCAACAAGCCAACCGGCAGCAUCGAUCCGGCGGCCUUGGGCAUUGGGACGCUCGGAAAGGUGUUGGGCGCAGCACAUGCCGGCUUUGCUUUCUGGGGCCUCGCAGUGUUCAUGUUCGGAAACGACCUCACGCGCAACAGCAAAAAGGCCGGAGACGCAAGUGCAAAGGAUAAGUCGGUCAGCAACUUUCCCUUCAAAAACCAGUACGCCGCCGAGGAAAAGGCGAAAAAGUCGAGCUGA